CAUCCCCGACUGUCUGAGCCGCGCAGGGAGACGGAGCGGAAGUCCUCGGUACCCACAGACGACUCAGGCGGGAGACGAGCGGUGUCAUGGCCGCCGACAGUGACGAUGGCGCAGCUUCAGCUCCCGCAGCCUCCGACGGUGGUGUCAGCAAGAGCACAAUAUCUGUGGAGGAGCUAAUAGUCCGGGUUCCUGUAGUAGAUGUUCAAAGCAACAACUUUAAGGAGAUGUGGCCAUCCCUCCUGCUAGCCAUAAAGACAGCAAAUUUCGUGGCUGUGGACACGGUGAGAACUGGGAAACAAGGAGGGCAGGUGGAUGUGAAGGGGCUGGUGCUGGGGGUCUGUCACAGCCCUUCCUUUACCUACCCACAGGAGCUGAGUGGGCUUGGGGACCGGAAGAGUUUGUUGAACCAGUGCAUCGAGGAACGUUACAAGGCCGUGUGUCAUGCUGCCAGGACCCGUUCUGUCCUCUCUCUGGGCCUCGCCUGCUUCAAGCGGCAGCCAGACAAGGGUGAACAUUCCUAUCUGGCUCAAGUGUUCAAUCUCACUCUGUUGUGCAUGGAGGAGUAUGUCAUAGAACCAAAGUCUGUGCAGUUCCUGAUACAGCAUGGCUUCAACUUCAAUCAGCAAUAUGCCCAGGGCAUCCCCUACCAUAAGGGCAAUGACAAGGGGGAUGAGAGCCAGAGCCAGUCAGUACGGACCCUAUUCCUGGAGCUGAUCCGAGCCCGCCGGCCCCUGGUGCUACACAAUGGCCUUAUAGACUUGGUGUUCCUGUACCAGAACUUCUAUGCACACCUCCCUGAGAAUCUGGGGACCUUCACCGCUGACCUGUGUGAGAUGUUCCCGGCAGGCAUUUAUGACACCAAAUAUGCUGCUGAGUUUCAUGCACGCUUCGUAGCCUCCUACUUAGAAUAUGCCUUCCGGAAAUGUGAACGGGAAAAUGGGAAGCAGCGGGCAGCUGGCAGCCCACACCUUACCCUGGAGUUCUGCAACUAUCCUUCCAGCAUGAGGGCACAUAUUGAUUACCGCUGCUGCCUGCCCCCAGCAACCCACCGUCCUCAUGCCACCAGCAUCUGUGACAACUUCUCGGCUUAUGGCUGGUGCUCCCUGGGACCACAGUGUCCUCAGUCCCAUGACAUUGACCUUAUCAUUGACACUGAUGAGGCUGCAGCAGAGGACAAGCGUCGACGGCGGCGACGGCGGGAAAAACGGAAGAGGGCUUUGUUGAACCUACGGGGGACACAGACCUCUGGGGAAGAAGCUAAGGAUGGUCCUCCCAAGAAGCAGGUCCGUGGGGAUAGCCUCAAGGCUGAAGAAACUGAGCAGGAAGUGGCCGAGGAUGAAACUAGGAACCUGUCUCACUCCAAGCAAGGCAACAAAAAUGACUUAGAGAUAGGGAUUAAGGCAGCAAGGCCUGAAAUAGCUGAUACAGCUACCUCAGAAGUGCCAGGGAGCCAAGCCAGUCCUAACCCAGUGCCUGGGGAUGGAUUGCACCGAGCUGGUUUUGAUGCCUUUAUGACAGGUUAUGUGAUGGCCUAUGUGGUAGUGAGCCAGGGACCCCAGCCCUGUAGCUCUGGACCCUGGCUCCCUGAAUGCCAUAAUAAGGUAUAUUUGAGUGGCAAAGCUGUACCCCUCACAGUGGCCAAGAGCCAGUUCUCCCGUUCCUCCAAAGCCCACAAUCAGAAGAUGAAGCUCGCUUGGGGCAGCAGCUGAUGCAACUUCCACCUAGCACUCAGGUGUAACAUAUUUUGGGUCUCUCUAGCCUGUAAAUGUCAUACUCAACUACUAUUGAGUUUAGGGGACGAGGAGUGUCCUGGAAGAUAUCAAUGCAUUGCCCUGGACCUCCUCCUUUAUCUCAGUGUCUGAGGUACAAGUAAGAAGGCUGACCAGCACCUGUAACACCGACUUUAUUUUUAAGUCUGAAAAUGUCUUGGGAAAGUUUUGCAAAAAAAAAAAAAAAAAAAAAUCAACAAAAGCAAGUUAUGAAAAUA